AUGAUUCUUUCAGGGUGUUUAUUGCUGUGCUGCAACGCUUCAAGGCCGAUUGUUCUGCAAUCCAUUGAAGCACGUGACACGCAUCCCUACUCAACCCUUUCGCUGUUGAAGUGCUCCGACGAGGCUCAAACACCACCUCUUGAUCAUGACCAAGUCCCGCGAAUGAAGUCAGCAACAUGUCUUGAAUCUGGCAUCUACUGGAGAAAGUUCAGACAGAACUUAUCACAAGUCUUUAUGCCUCGCGCGCGCUCUCUUUCCAGUUCUAUUUCCGUACAUCGUUCUGCGCUCCUUCGCCGCUUCUGCCCAUCAUGUCCAUUAAGCGAGCUAUCGCCGAUGCUUUGUCAAACUUCCCCUUUGAUUCUGCUGUCGGGUUUCAUAACCACAGGGCGGGUGAGCGCCCAUGCUACUACCGUGUUGUGUCCCUCCGCCGCGAUCAUCGAUCUGUGUGCCUCAUCGACAAGUCACCGAACCGGUGCAUUAUUUGUGCCCGUGGUCAUAAAAGAGUGUUGUGCUCGUUUUCAUGUCAACCAUGGCAUGCAAGAAUGCAUCUCGGCUUUUAUCUCAACCUACGAGGUAAUGAUUAACCACUGCCGUACCACGUCGUCCAAUCGCACUUGUAUCACCUCGGUCAUUCAGGCCCAAGAGUUAUCUGCCCAGCGGGGCAUUCUUGCUCUCUUUUACCGGGUUCUUGCUGGGGAGACCCAUACCGCUGCUGAGGUCGAGGGAAAUUUAGAGGCUGUUGUCCCUGUGCGCGUCCUUGGCGCUGGUUCAAUUCGCCGUGGUGCUACUCAGGCUGCCCCUGGCAGCAAUAACGCCGCUGCUGAUAAUCGCAGUGAGGAGCGUGAGGAGCGCGAGGAGGAGUGA